CAUCCAUCUAUGACAGCUCCACCACGCCCAUGAAACAAAUGUAGUCGUAGAAAGCCCAGAUAUUCAGCCCACCUAUAACCCAGUGAGUGCAUUCAACCUGAAGGAGACAAGGAGCCCGUUAUCGAUCAUGUCCUUCAAACCAGCUCUGGUGAUAGUUGACCUUCAAGAGGACUUCUGCCCACCUAAUGGAAGCCUCGCGGUUCAAGGAGGUCGAGACAUAGUAUCAUCCAUAAACCAUCUCCUCAACCUCCCUUUCGCCGUCAAAGUAGCAACGAAAGACUUCCACCCUCAAGACCACAUUUCGUUCGCUUCGAACCACCCUCCGCCUAACAACAAGCCCUUCGAAUCCACAUUCACGAUCAAGAACCCUCUAAACCCAGAAGAGACACAGACAACGCGGCUAUGGCCAGAUCACUGCGUGCAGUCUACACCUGGCUCAGAGCUCAUCCCGGAGCUGAAUCGCAGCAAGGUGGAUCACAUCGUCGAGAAGGGACAGGAUAACAGGGUGGAGAUGUACUCGGCAUUUGCAGACCCGUUUAUCAACCCGACUGUCUCGCGCAGCAAGCUCGCAGAUAUUCUGAAAGACGCAAAGGUCUCCGAUGUCUAUGUUGUAGGAUUGGCGACAGACUACUGCGUCAAGUUCACUGCGCUAGACUCGGCCAAAGAAGGCUUCAAAACAUACGUGGUCGGAGAUGCUACGAGGCCCGUAGACCCCACGUCUCUUCACGACGUUUACAAGGAAUUCGCAAGUGCUGAUGUGGACGUGAUAAGCAUGGAUAGCGAGGAAAUCAAGAAGAUGAAGGAGUACACAUGAAGCUCAUGACGCGUCCUUUUGGAUAGCUGUCAAUGUAGACAUCAAGAAUCAAGCUUCCCAGCAUUCAUUUCCGGCACUCCCGCUAUGCAAUGCUUGUCUUCGGCUAUAAUGCUCGGCAAUACGUCCGAAAGCGUCCAAAGUUGUCGCGGCUAGGCGAAUGUUCACAGCACGCAGCCAUGCUCUUGUUUUGUCGAAGGCCCAUGUAGAUAUGUAUUACUAAAUUCAACAACAAACACGUAGUGCAUAUUAAAGUGCAGCCGCCAAGA